AUGCCACUGGACCUGGACUGGGAGAGGACACAAAGGGCGAUCACACUCGCCCAUGAGCUACGAGAGUACUGCGCCGAUAGUACUAGACCACAUCAGCAGCUCCUAACCCCGGGAGUCCGCCAGUACCAGCAAUAUCUGAUUGAAAAUCACCCCCCGCCGGUCCUCGUCACAUACCCAGGUACCGCCUACCGUUUCCCACCUGACUGGGGACUUGACAGACCCGCCCCUCUGCGUACAGCUGUUAGGGACUUCAUUCGUCUGUGUCGGCGUAUCCACCUGCCUAAUCCACUCGACCCAGGUGUAGCCGACCUACCAACAGCCGACCCAUUAACUACAGUCGACCCACCCGUGGUACCUGACCCACCGUCAGCAGACACACCUGCAGCGGCAGCAUCUUCAUCACCAAUAAGCACGUCUGAGGCAGCAUCUACCACGCGGCCUAAUCGGACGCCAAGACGGACGGCCAGUCUCUUGAACCUACCAGGAGCCUACAUCAGCCCGAUAGUGGAGCCUUCGGCGCCACAGCCUCGACGCCAGCGCAGCCAUUCAUCGGCUACCGGUCCACCUUUACGUCGCACUACGGAUGCCGAAAUCCUUCAACCGAGGGCCUCCGCCCGCUCGCAAGACAGUGCACGACGUCGCGACUCUAAUGCCACCAACGCUACUGGCCCUUGUACAGAGCCAAUAUGCUACCGACUAGAGGUCUGGGGAAGCAAAAGGUGA